AUGGGAUCCAAUUAACCGGCGGCUGAUGGUCAAUUUCGUUGCGUCAUUGUCAACUUUGACCAAGGUUUCGGCACCCUACUCCUAUUACCUGGAGCGGAUUUCGUGGCGAUCGCGACCACGGUGUAGUCGGCCUAGACGCGGCCCAUCCGAAACCCGAUUUCGAGACAUCGAAUUUCAGAGAAAAGUGAAAAUUUGCGCCGAACGCGUCGCGCCAUUUUGCGCUCUUUUUUUGAAUAAUUUUCGUUAAUUUUAUUCGAAAAAAAUUACGAAUCUCAUUAAAUCGGUGUGAGUUUUUGUUGGUUUGGUUUACGUUCCGUAAUAUUUAAUUCAUGUUCUAAGAAUAAUUGUUGUGUUUUUUUUAUCUAUUGGAUAAAAUCUGAUCCGAGAUGACGGAACGCCCGAGCGAUCUGGAGCUGCGCAGGCAGCAAUUCAAAGCCCAACCGUCUACUGUACAAACCCGAAGGCAACAGGCCGUGUGCGUCAGAAGGGCAUGCAAGAAAUACGGCACCAAAAGCAACCCAUACGUGGUCUUGGACAAUUUGAACAUGACAGUGCCGAAGGGUUGUAUAUAUGGUUUGCUGGGUGCAAGUGGCUGUGGUAAAACGACUUUGCUCAAUUGUAUCGUAGGAAGAAAAAGACUUAACUCGGGGGAACUGUGGGUCUUGGGCGGAACGCCUGGAUCCAGGGGUAGCGGGGUACCUGGACCUCGAGUAGGAUAUAUGCCUCAGGAAAUCGCUCUCUACGGGGAAUUUACGAUUAGAGAAACUCUAAAAUACUUCGGCUGGAUAUCUAAUAUGACCACCGAUGAAGUCGAGGCCAAAGUAGAUUUUUUCAUCAAUUUUUUGAUGUUGCCGGACGCCGAUAGACAGGUCAAGAAUCUUAGCGGUGGUCAACAGAGGAGAGUUUCUUUAGCAGCGACGCUUUUACACGAACCAGAACUGUUAAUUUUGGACGAGCCUACCGUCGGCGUCGAUCCAUUGUUGAGGACAAACAUUUGGAAUCAUUUGGUGGAAAUUACGAAAUAUGGAAGAACUACAGUGAUCAUUACCACGCAUUACAUAGACGAAACUAGGCAAGCUCAUUUGAUCGGCCUAAUGAGAGGCGGCUACUUCUUGGCCGAGGAAUCCCCAUCCAGGCUAAUCACCCAAUUCGGCGUGCAGAGUUUGGAAGACGUCUUUCUGAAGUUGAGCGUCAUGCAGAACAUGGGCAAGAGGCGUCGAUCGAGCAUCGCCCAAUCGGUGACGGAGAGCAUCCACGUGCCCGAAUUGCCGGGAGGCGCCGUCAAUCCGGCGGCCGUUUUGGACGACGAGGUGGGAGAGAUAUCCGGGGAAUUCGGAGACAGCGUGUCGGUGACGAGCAGAACGGGAAGGAGGGUGUCCAUCGCGCCGGAGCCGAUGAUCGAGACGCCAGAGGAGCUGCCGCCCGACGAGGAGCCCGACAUGUCCUUCAAGGACUAUUUGAAAAUCGUCAAGUACAAUCACAUGAGGGCUUUGGUGUGGAAGAACUUCCUUUGGAUGUGGAGGAAUAUACCUAUGAUGAUGUUUAUCAUUGGAUUACCUGUCGGUCAAGCUAUACUCUUUUGCCUCUCCAUCGGUCACGAUCCUGCGGGAAUAAAGCUGUCAGUGGUGAACAAAGAAAUCGAUUUUCCCAACGAACAAUGUUCUCACAUCGAUUUGUCGUGCAACAAUACCAAGUUAAGUUGUAACUAUUUGGAUUUCGUUUCGAACAAUUAUUCAAUAAAAUGGGAAUUCGUUGAAUCGGAACGAGCAGCGAAGCAAAUGGUCGAAAAGGGUCAAUCGUGGGCGGCUGUCGUGGUACCCCAUAAUUUUACCGAUGCUUUUCGUAAUAGGAUCGAAGAGGGCCGAGACGCCUCACCGGAGCAUAUUUGGGCCUCGACUAUAAGCGUUUUUCCGGAUAAAUCUAACGAAAAUAUCGCAACGUUUUUGAACAGAGAUUUGAUAUUUGCCUUUCAAGGAUUCCUUAGUACUCUAAUGGUAAGUUGCGGUUGGGAUCCCAGGCAGCUUGAUCUACCAGUAAAGUUCAAUACACCCAUUUAUGGUUACGUAAAUCCGGAUUUCACAGAUUUUGCAGCGCCCGGAGUGGUACUAACCAUUAUUUUCUUCAUGGCAGUAGCGUUGACCUCCGGUUCCAUGAUCAUGGAACGAAACGAAGGUAUAUUGGAGAGAUCUUUGGUAAACGGUAUCAGCGGCACGGAAUUGUUAUUCUCCCAAAUAAUUACCCAAUUCGUGGUGAUGCUGGGCCAGACGCUCAUGGUCAUUUUGGUUGCCUUCGUAGUAUUUAAUUUAACCCAACAGGGAAAUUGGGCCACCGUUAUAUUUCUCACAACCACUGCUGGAGUUUGUGGAAUGUGCUUCGGGUUUGUAGUGGCGUGCAUUUGCGACAACGAAAGAUCAGCUACGUAUUUGGCCCUGGGUAGUUUCUUACCCAUUGUAAUGCUUUGUGGUAUUAUAUGGCCUAUAGAAGCGAUGAAUGAUUAUCUGAAAAUCGUAUCAUUCGUGCUACCUUUGACGCAAGCCACGGACAGCUUGAGGUGCAUUUUGGCCCGGGGAUGGGGCCUAUCGAAUCCCGUUGUUUACGCUGGAUUCAUAUCGCUGUUAACGUGGAUCGUUGUAUUCCUAACGAUCAGUAUAUUAGUUUUGAAGUUUAAAAAAGGUUAAUGUUUUUUUUGUAUAGGUUUUAUACACUGAUGGUGUUGUGUUAUUUUAGUCUUUUUAUAAUGUGAAUUGUACUUAAUUUUACUUUACAAAUAAAUUAUUAUUGAAAAUUAAUGCAACAUAUAUUCAUGGUACCCUUACACUUCGUAAACCAGUAAAUGCCUAUAAAUUCGAUGAUUAACUCUGGCUAGUUAAUGAAUUUAUGGAAUAUUACCUAGCUAUUAAACUUCGUUAUUCACACCAGCAUUUACAACUGCUGCUAAAUCUUCCGUUUCGUUGGAUUCCCUCAACCUGUCCCUAAUCAACUCUGCGAUAGCCUUUUGGGUCUGCUUCUCCAGUUUGGCCAGUUUUUUUGCAACGUCCCUUUUCAAGUCCCAAUCUGGUUUUCUCGGAGCUAAAGCGGUCACGUCCAAUUGAUCAAUAACCACUGCAGAUUUGGCAGAUUCCAGUUGCGAUUGCAC